UUCUUCAAAAGCCAGAUUUAAGAUGCUUUUCUAGUUUGAUUCCCAUUUCCUGGGCAUUUCUUUGGUUGCAGUUGUUAAUAUGUUGUUAAUAUGCUUUGUUAGAUGAAGUACAAAUAAUGUGGUCUAAGAUUAAUGGGAAACUUGAUAAAUCAGCAAACUUUCAACAGCAGAUGCAACUACAGAGUUUAUCACAUAAACACAGUGUGGCUAUCACAAACAGUGUGUUUAUCACACAAACACAGUGUGGCUAUCACAGUAUCUAGCUCUGUGCUGGUUAAUACAGAGUUCUUUGACCCAGUUGGUCGACCAUCAGACUUUUCAGCUCUCCUCAAUCCCACUAGACAGAAGGCCAAUCAAACACUGAACACCUGGGGCAGGUGUAGUAGGCGUAGUGGACUGGGGCAGAGUCAAACCAUGGGUGGGUGCUACAGUGUCAGAUGAGCUGUGUGAUAAACCACACAGGCAGCCUGAGAACCGGCAUACAGGAGAAGACCACGAUGCAGCCCUUACUGGUGGGACUGACUGCUGUGGUUGGCUUCCUCUUCAUCGUCUUUGCCAUCCUCAUCAUGAAAAGGAUCUUUUUCAAGAAAGACAGGAACGAGGAGAUGGCCGACACCAACGGGUACGACAACAAAGCGCUAGAGGUGGAGGCUGCCGAGGAGCAGAAGGUGACUGGCAUGUAAAGUAGGACAGCCUGCAGGACAGAUGCAGGACUUCACGUGGGACCUGGACUGCACUGUCAGCUGGGGGCAAAUUAUGGCAAACGAUGGACUUUGUACAGUAUCAUUUACAAAUACAGUUAAUUUAUACGAUUCCUUCAAAGGCAGAAUUUGAAUGUGAGAUUGCACUGGUUCCCUUAGUGAAGUAGAAGUAAAAUAAGAACAAUCCCAGAAUAAUUCCUGUCAU